AUGGCUGGCGAGACAGAAACAUAUCUAUGGGAUAAACUUGUUUUAGCACAAAAGGCAGAGCAGGGACGUGAAGAUUGUCUAUCAAAGUUUCCUUGUAAAAUCCAAAAGCAUUUUGUAAACGUAAUUUGCUUGCUUGGACAGGGUGAAAAUGGUGAUCUUUCAGAAUCGAGCCGUAGGGGAGACCUAUACCAUCUCUGCAAUGCUCUUGCAAAUUGUCAAAUGGUACUGGAAAGGAAAGGCGUUUACUCCCUUGGGGGAAUCCGAUUUCUUAUUACACUAAACAGCAAAUUAAAGAAAAUGGAAAGUAGACUUAAAGGAACGACUAGUGGUGGAGUUACACGACAGGAGGGGGAUAUUGAUGAUGAAAAAAUUAUUAUGAAUGAAUGUCACGACAGGUGGAGUUGUAGGACAGUUGAUAGAAACAGAGUAUUCGGGUUUAGGGAAAAGGAGAAUUUCAUGGAGAGAUUCCUUAUCCGGAGGGAUAAUGAAUUCAAGGCAAUUUGUAUUUCUGGUGUGGCUGGAGUUGGGAAGACAACACUGUGCCAAUUAACUUUCAAUAACGAGCAAGUAAUGAAAAACUUCUUUCCUCGGAUUUGGGUUUGUAUGUCAAAAUCACCCGAGGUUACUGAUGACGACUAUAAGAAAGAGGUUUUAAAAAGGAUGCUCAAGUGUAUCGGUGUUGAAGACCAAGUGAUCGACUUUAAAGACGACGAAGGUAGAGAUCAUGUUGUGGGGUUACUUUUUGCUCUCCGAAAUGUACUCAAAGGUACAAGGUAUUUGAUUGUGCUGGAUGACACCUUCUAUAUCAAUUUCUUCGAUGACUUAUGGUCAGAGCCAGAAUUAUUGAAAGUUUACGACGACACUCAAACACUCGCGCUUGGAUUGCCAAAACAACAUGGUGGAGCUGUUAUUGUCACAACUCGGUCAAAUGAAGAAUUGGGGAAGAAAAUGGUUAACAAGGAUAACGUAUAUCCCCUUCUGCCAUUGACCAACAAGAGUUGUCUGGAGAUAUUGAAAGAUUCAGCUGGAGAAAAAGUGAAGCAAUUGCUUAAAGAUCAGACUGAUGAUGAUCUAGAGGAUACAAUUAUGAGCAAAUUAGGUGGUCUCCCUUUGGCUGCCAAGAUCAUGGGGACAAUCAUGAAACAACAACUUGACAAAAUCCCAGAAAACUAA